AUGGACGCGGCACUGCGUGAUAUCUGCCAGCUCAGCGAUCCCUGUGAUCCGCGCAGCUUUGAGCCUCCGAUCAAGGACUUCUUCUGCAUCUAUCCCAUGUACCGCUCUCGCUACGAGGCCAAGGCCAUUCAAGGAUCAAAUGAGUUUCUCGAUGGUUGGAACAAAGCGAUUGAAAAGGACGGAUUGAGAAACGAUGGGCGCCCGUUUCUGGGUUGCAACACAAUCUACGGAAACUACGUUGCAUGGGCGUAUCCAGAGUGUCUUCCAGAGCGGGCAGCACAUGUGGCGGCGUACUGCGACUGGGGAUUCUUCUGGGACGAUGCUACCGACGCCAUGUCGAUGGAGAAAAACCACGAGGCCACCAAGGAUCUUAUCCUUACUAUAAUGUCAACGGUGGGGAUUGGUCAGAAGCACGAGCCGCUUCUGGCGGUCAAUAAGCUUGUCGUGCCUUUUGUGCUGAACAAGCUCGCUGGAACGGACGGGGAUCUUGGGCUAAACCACAUGAAGGCGUGGAAGGCCCAUCUCGAUGGCCAGGCCAGGAGCUCACAUGCCAACAUGUCUUGGGAGGAGCUCAAGCAGCAUCGGCUGGUUGAGGGAGGCCCAGAAUGGGCCAUUCGACUCGGAGCGUGGGGCGCCGGGAUUCGGUGCACCGCAGAGGAGAUUGAGUCAGUACGGGAGAUAAUCGAUAUUGGGGGCAUUGCUGGAGUCUUGGCCAACGACUACUACAGCUUCAACAAGGAGUUUGAUGAGCACUCCCGAGCAGGCACGAUAGAGCGGAUGCAGAACGGAGUGGCCCUGCUGAUGCGGGAAUAUGGCUACAGCGAAGAGGAGGCGCGCGAGAUCCUGAAAAAGGAGAUCAAUAAGAUGGAGCAGCAGUUCAUGGACAUGUACCUGACCUGGUUGAACGGCCCUGUUCAAAAGUCUCGCGGCCUGAUCCAGUAUUUGACCAUGGUCCUUUGUCUCUACUCGGGCACAAUGUUCUGGAUGGCCCACGGCGCGAGGUACCACCGCACCGAUCUCAUUACCACAGCAGAGGAUCGGGCUACGAUUAUUGGGAAGUGCCAGGGGGACGCUUUUCGCGUAAUGGAGGGAUAUCCUCCGCCAAAGGGGCUGAAGCGGACGGCCAGCUCCCCAGAGUCAGCACCCAAACGGAGGGCUUCAAAAGCGAACAAUAUCAACCAAAGCAAUGGACGUGGCGGUGAUCCCAUGGUCGCCUUUUCAGGUCCCUUCGUGAAGGCUCCAAGCCAUAUCUGCGAUGCUCCGUACGAGUACAUCGACUCUCUCCAAUCCAAGAACAUGCGUGACAAGUUCAUCAACAUCCUCAACUCCUGGCUGAACGUGCCGUCCGACUCGCUGCAAAUCAUCAAAAACAUUGUCCAGAUGUUGCACAACUCAUCAUUAAUGCUUGACGACAUUGAAGACGCCUCUCCUCUCCGUCGAGGCCAACCGGCAACCCACAUUUUCUACGGCGCCAGCCAGACCAUCAACAGCGCCAACUUUAGCUACGUCAAGACGGUCAUCGAGGCCACUCACCUUAAGAACCCGCAAUGUCUGCAAAUCUUCCUCGAGGAAGUCAGCGACCUCCACCGCGGUCAGAGCCUCGACCUGCACUGGCGCCACCACGGCCGUUGCCCGACGACAGACGAGUACAUUAUGAUGGUCGACAACAAGACUGGCGGGCUCUUCCGUCUGAUGGCCCGUCUGAUGGAAGCCGAAUCGCCCUCUCCCAUAACGACUCCCCAUCUCAGCCGCCUCCUCACCCUGAUAGGUCGCUACUACCAAAUCCGAGAUGACUAUAUGAAUCUUACUUCAGCUGAUUAUACCACAAAGAAGGGCUAUUGCGAAGACCUCGACGAGGGCAAAUUCUCGCUCCCCCUCAUCCACCUCCUCCUCCACACCUCGUGCCCGGACCGGAUCACUUCCGCUCUAUACAACCGCGUCCCAUCGACAGGUCUGCAGGACGAGGUCAAGACGUAUAUCCUGGACGCUAUGCAGUCUGCGCGUACAUUUGAAUACGUUCGUGAGGUGCUGUCGCAUUUGCACGGGGAGAUUAUGAAGACGCUGGAUGAGGCUGAGAAGACGUUGGGGAUUAACAAUGGGGUUCGGAUGUUGUUGGUUGGGUUGGGGCUGUAG